AGAAGGAACAGGUAGCGGCCAGGGUAAGUCCCCACUCUCAGAGACCCUGACAUCAGCGUCACCUGGAACAGAGUGGCCCAGCCUCAGACUCAGAGCACCAAGACCCAGACCUGCAGGCCUGGACCCACCCCGGUCCCCCCGUCCCAGCUCCAUUCUUCACCCCACAAUCUGUAGCCCCCAGCCCUGCCCUGUGAGGCCCGGCCAGGCCCACGAUGCUCCUCCUUGCUCCCCAGAUGCUGAAUCUGCUGCUGCUGGCGCUGCCCGUCCUGGCGAGCCCGGCCUAUGCGGCCCCUGCCCCAGGCCAGGCCCUGCAGCGAGCGGGCAUCGUCGGGGGGCAGGAGGCCCCCAGGAGCAAGUGGCCCUGGCAGGUGAGCCUGAGAGUCCGUGGCCAAUACUGGAUGCACUUCUGCGGGGGCUCCCUCAUCCACCCCCAGUGGGUGCUGACCGCUGCGCACUGCGUGGGACCGGACGUCAAGGAUCUGGCCGCCCUCAGGGUGCAACUGCGGGAGCAGCACCUCUACUACCAGGACCAGCUGCUGCCGGUCAGCAGGAUCAUCGUGCACCCACAGUUCUACACCGCCCAGAUCGGAGCGGACAUCGCCCUGCUGGAGCUGGAGGAGCCCGUGAACGUCUCCAGCCACGUCCACACGGUCACCCUGCCCCCUGCCUCGGAGACCUUCCCCCCGGGGAUGCCGUGCUGGGUCACUGGCUGGGGCGAUGUGGACAAUGAUGAGCGCCUCCCACCGCCAUUUCCCCUGAAGCAGGUGAAGGUCCCCAUAAUGGAAAACCACAUUUGUGACGCAAAAUACCACCUUGGCGCCUACACGGGAGACAACGUCCGCAUCGUCCGUGACGACAUGCUGUGUGCCGGGAACACCCGGAGGGACUCCUGCCAGGGCGACUCUGGAGGGCCCCUGGUGUGCAAGGUGAAUGGCACCUGGCUGCAGGCGGGCGUGGUCAGCUGGGGCGAGGGCUGUGCCCAGCCCAACCGGCCUGGCAUCUACACCCGUGUCACCUACUACUUGGACUGGAUCCACCACUAUGUCCCCAAAAAGCCCUGAGUCAAGCCUGGGUUGGCCACCUGGGUCACCGGAGGGCCAGCCCCUCCUGUCCAAACCACCACUGCUUCCUACCCAGGUGGUGACUGCCCCCCACACCUUCCCUGCCCUGUCCUGAGUGCCCCUUCCUAAGCCCCCUGCUCUCUUCUGAGCCCCCUCCCGUCCUGAGGACCCUUCCCCAUCCUGAGCCCCCUUCCCUGUCCUAAGCCCGACGCCUGCACCGGGCCCUCCGGCCCUCCCCUGCCCAGAUAGCUGGUGGUGGGCACUAAUCCUCCUGAGCGCUGGACCUCAUUAAAGUGCAUGGAAAUCA